GUCGCCGCGGCUCCCCGGCCGUGUGGCUGUCCCCGGCGCUGUCCCCGAGCCCGCGGCGUGCAUGGCCCUGCGCGGGCGGCGAUGGCUGCGCGCUGAUGGCCCAGCCCGCCGCGCUCGCCAUGGCUGCCAGAGAGGAGCUGUACAGCAAAGUCAUCCCCCGGCGGAACCGCCAGCACCGCGCCGGGACCAUCAAACAUGGCUCGUCGCUGGAGAUCCUGCUCUCCAUGGGCUUCCCCAAAGCACGGGCACAAAAAGCGCUGGCAUCGACAGGUGGAAGGAGUGUUCAAGCAGCAUGCGACUGGCUCUUCUCCCACGUGGGUGACCCGUUCCUGGAUGACACCCUGCCCCGGGAGUACGUGCUGUACCUGCGCCCCACCGGGCCCCUGGCGCAGAAGCUCUCGGAGUUCUGGCAGCAGUCGAAGCAGAUCUGUGGCAAGAACAAAGCUCACAACAUCUUCCCCCACAUCACCCUCUGCCAGUUCUUCAUGUGCGAGGACAGCAAGGUGGAUGCUCUCACGGAAGCCCUGCAGGCCACGGUGAUGCGCUGGAAAUGCAAAUUCCCCGCCCCGCUGCCCCUGGAGCUCUACACCUCCUCCAACUUCAUCGGGCUCUUCGUCAAGGAGGAAAGUGCUGAGGUGCUCAAGAAGUUCGCUGCAGACUUCGCUGCAGAGGCGGCUUCCAAAGCAGAUGUCCACGUGGAGCCCCACAAGAAGCAGCUCCACGUGACCCUGGCCUAUCACUUCCAGAGCAGCCACCUGCCCACGCUGGAGAAGCUGGCCCAGAGCAUCGACGUCAAGCUGGGCUGUGACUGGGUGGCCGCGAUCUUCUCCCGCGACAUUCGCUUCGUCAACCACGAGACUCUGCAAGUGAUCUACCCCUACACCCCCCAGAACGACGAUGAGCUGGAGCUGGUCCCGGGGGAUUUCAUUUUCAUGUCCCCAGUGGAGCAAACCAGCACGAGCGAGGGCUGGAUUUAUGGCAUUUCCCUUGCCACGGGCUGCUCGGGGCUGCUCCCUGAAAACUACAUCACCAAGGCGGAUGAAUGUGGCACCUGGGUGUUCCAUGGGUCCUACUCCAUUCUGAACACCACAUCUUGCCCAUCCCUUCAAGCCUUUGCUGAUGGGGCUCUGGAGAGAAGGCAGCAGGAAGACCAAGGGCCAGGGGACGCUGGGCCACUCACCAUCAUCUGCCAGAACGUGCAGCCCCUGAGGAUCAGCAGCCAGCCGGGCCCUCAGAAGCGCUGCCUGUUCGUCUGCAGGCACGGCGAGAGGAUGGACGUGGUUUUUGGGAAGUACUGGCUGUCCCAGUGCUUCGAUGCCAAAGGCAGGUACAUGCGCAGUAACCUGAACAUGCCUCACAACUUACCUCAGAGGAGUGGUGGUUUCAGGGAUUACGAGAAAGACGCUCCCAUCACCGUGCUGGGCUGCACCCAGGCGAGGCUCGUGGGUGAAGCCUUGCUAGAAACAAACACCAUCGUAGACUACAUCUACAGCUCCCCCUCCCUGCGGUGUGUGCAGACAGCCCACAACAUCCUGAAAGGAAUGCAGCAGGAGAACAAGCUGAAGAUCCGGGUGGAGCCCGGCCUGUUCGAGUGGACCAAGUGGGUGUCCGGGAGCUCCCUGCCCGCCUGGAUCCCCCCGGUGGACUUGGCUGCAGCCACGCUGAGCGUCGAUACAACCUACAGACCUCACAUCCCUGUCAGCAAGCUGGCGGUGUCCGAGUCCUACGACACCUACAUCAGCAGGAGCUACCAAGUGACGAAGGAAAUCAUCAGCGAAUGUAAAGGCAAAGGAAAUAACAUCCUGAUAGUGGCUCACGCAUCCUCCCUGGAGGCCUGCACCUGCCAGCUCCAGGGGCUGUCACCUCAGAACUCCAAGGAUUUUGUACAGAUGGUCCGAAAGAUUCCAUACCUGGGGUUCUGCUCCUGCGAAGAACUGGGGGACACCGGUGUUUGGCAGCUCACAGACCCUCCCAUCCUCCCUCUCACACAUGGACCAACUGGAGGCUUUAACUGGAGAGAAACCCUGCUGCAGGAGUAGGGCCAGCCCCAGCGAGGACAGCCUCUCCCAGCGCUGGAGAUCUCCUCUUCUCCCUCGUGUUUUAUUGCCAGCAGGAAAAUCCCCUCCUCAUCUCUCCCGUGGCUCGCUCCAAGCACAUCUCACCCAGCCACAGCCCUGCAAAAAGUCUCAUUUACACCAAAAUGGGCUGAUUUGAGGAGGGGGGGGGGGAAUUGAAAUACAGCUUGAGGCUCUUGCACAGCUCGGGGUUGGUUUCCUCACCUUGAAGGAGCUCUGGUGACACUUUCACUGCCACUGCAGCACGGCAGGGACAAGGAGCCCUGUGUCAGGCAGGAUGCUGGGGUUGUUUUCUCACUGCUAUUUUUGCAAAGUGUCUGAAGCCUCGUUCAGCACCUCGUGCUUGCUCCACUCCCAGCCCCCAAACCCUCAGCACCUUCCAGAAAAAAAAUGAAAGGAUUUGAUUUCCUUCCCCAAGGCUGGAAAUGAGUCCAGCAUUGCCUCUGCAGGCUGCACCAGGUUAUUCCUCUCCUCUGAGCAGGCAGAGAUGGGAGUGCCCAAAAUGUGCUGGGUAGUGUGCAGGGAUUCGUUGAUAUAAAGGAAAAAUCUGGAUCAGAGGAAAAUUCCAAAUUUCACAUCAGUUGCAGGUGAAGUUUGAGCAUCAAAAGUCAGCACAACAAAAGCUGGGAGGAAUUUCUUUGAAGUGGAGAUAAAAGAAGCCUUUUCCAGCCAAGCCUGGGGGAUUUAGGAAGUUCAGAUUUGGGUUUUUAGUCCUUUACUUUGGUUAUUGAAGUCCACCUGUGUGCCCAGACACAGCCUAAAAGGUUUGUGCUGUUUAAAUUCCUUCCAGGCUUUGGAAAAGGGUUUUUUUUCCCUUUUAUACUGGGAUUUUUGUGCUGGCCAUUCACCAGGAGUGUCUCUGUGUCCCUUUGGCAGCCCUGGUGAGAUUGUGCAGCCAGCAGGUUGCUCCAGGAACACUGGGAUGAAAAAGCUGCUGGAAUUCAGCUGGAAUUCUUAGUGCUGGAAUUCCCAAGUGCCACCUGUCAUAAAGACAAAGCAGCUAAAAAACAAACAAAAAAAAAAACCAGCACAUUUCAAUUUAGGAACAACAUUUGAUGCAUUUAUCCAGGGAGGGAAGGGUUGGGAUUGGGGGAAAGUGGAAGAGGAGGGUUUCCAUCUCUAACCAAGAAAUUUGGGAUCACCAGGGGGAUCCUCUUGGUGCCAGAGCCUGCAGGCUGCUAAAAAAUCCUGCAUCCCAAAAUACACCACAGUGGGUAUUUAUAACAUAAAGUGGCAGCAGAGCAGGGGCUUUUAGGAUUAGAAUUAUUAAAAAUUGUCAGCUUUGGUGAUCAAUUAUUUGGUGAUAAAUUAUCAAUUAUCAACAAAUUAUAGAUUUUUUGGUGAUAGAAUUAUCUAAAAUGAUCGGCUUUGGUGAUAAAUUAUCAAUUAUUUGGUGAUAAAUUAUAAAUUAUCAAUAAAUUAUAGAUUUUUUGUGAUAGAAUUAUCUAAAAUGAUCGGCUUUGGUGAUAAAUUAUCAAUUAUUUGGCGAUAAAUUAUCAAUUAUCGAUAAAUUAUCAAUUAUCAAUAAAUUAUAGAUUUUUUUUUUUUGGUGAUAAAAUUAUCUAAAAUGAUCGGCUUUGGUGAUAAAUUAUCAAUUAUUUGGUGAUAAAAUAUCAAUUAGCAAUAAAUUAUAGAUUUUUUUUUUGGUGAUAGAAUUAUCUAAAAUUAUCCGCUUUGGUCAAAGAAUUGCUGCAGGCACUUCAGCAGUGCAGGCUUGCAUUAAAACUGGGUUUAAAAGGGAUUUAGGCAAACUCCUUUCUUGCUUUGGGCCACAAGUGUGAGCACUCCCAGGAGCAGAAUCAUCCCGGAAUGGUUUGGGUUGGAAAAACCUCGAAGCUGCCCCGGGAGCAGGGACAGAGCAGGCGGCCUUGGAGCCUCCCGGGGGUGUGGAAACCACGAAACCACGAAACCACGAAACAAAGAGCAGCAUCCAAGGCACGCUGGGCUGCUCCAGGAGAGAUUUCUGCCGUCCCUGCCCAGCUCUGCCUCUGCUCGAAGUGCUCAAGUGUUUGAAAUGGGUGAGAUUUGGUGUUUAUCACUCAAAGAAAAAUCAAAUUCUCGCGGUGUUUUGGUGGAUUUUCCCCUCAGGCAGGGCUGCUGACACCUCCCCCAAGCUGCCGCAACGACCAGGGAGUGACAAAGUGCAAUUCCAGCUUCCCAAAAGAGGAGAAAGAAUUGGGAUGGAGCAAAAUCUUCUUUGGAGCUCGCACCUCCUGUCCACACCCAGCCUGGCCCAUAGCCCAGCUAUUCCCACACUCCAUAGGAAUAUUCCAUUAUUUCUACUUUUAGGACUGUGUAACACACCUUAGGCCGCUCAUAAGUGCUUUAUUACAGCAGGGAUGGAACUGAAAAGUCAGGGAGAAAAAUUAGGACAGGACAAAGAAAACAAACAAACAAA